AUGGAUGCUCCUGUGUGGGAACAACAUGUGUCCAGCAUAAAUUUGGAUGAGGCAGCCCUUGAGGUGCUGAGGUCUGUUGAUGGCCACACAUCUAUCUUUUGGAGACUGCCUUCAAAAACUGGAACAGCAGGUUCAGCGCUGAACCAUGCCAUCAACGUGGUGAAGUCGACUCUGGAAGCGAAAGCUCCUAUGUCUUUUAAACUGGGGUAUACUCACAACCCUUCUUGGAGAUGGGACAACACAUUGUACGGCUACAAACAUGACCUGGCCUACAAGUUCCAAGCUAUGCUGGUCUUGUGCAUUUCUGAAGAACCACACUCUGCAGCCAUGAUGGAAGCUGCCCUGAUAUCCUACUUCAAAGGCACUCCUGGAUGUCAGAAUGUACGAGCCGGCGGCGACAAUGUCAAGACGGAUCCCAUGGCCUCUGUGCCGCUCCAUAUGGUUUACUGGGUUUAUCGUUCCUUUAAGGGCAGGCCUGAUCCUAGCUUUGCAAGGGGCAAGCGGAGUUAG